UCGAGCACGGUUCAUUCUUCGGGACUGGGGGACACCACAGGUUGCAAUCGUCCUCGGAUGAAGCAAUCGUGUACCCUCAGUUCCUGGAAGGAAGGUCAGACAGCGGUGCAAGAGUAUUGAAACUCAACAAUGAACUCACUUUGCACCUUGAACAAAGGUCUGCGUUCGAUAACCACCUACUUAUAAGGACGAUGGGGGAAGAUAAUACAGUCAUCGAAAGGCUUGUGGAUACGGCAGAGAUCAACAACAAACUUUUCCAAGAUCCAUAUCGCAUGGCUUCGGCAGUAAUCUCUGAAGAAGACGGACUCCAUGUGAAUGGCAUCAUCGGCGAUGAGCUACGCAUCCGCCCUCUGUUGACGAUGGAACGCACUGCAGAAGGCCACGUUCCUCAUGUACUGCACCGUGCGGAAACCUUGAGGUCUGAAGCUGCCACGCACGACUACGUUUUCAUGCCUCGCUCAGACUACGCAAGUCAGCAGCGUGACCGCAUCCUCAUUGAAGGACGCAACAUCACCAAAAUCGAGCCGGAAAUACAUGUUGUCAUGGACGCUGUGUACUACCAGCAGUUCGAUUACAAAGAUAGCGACAUUAUUGCGUACUAUGGAGCCGUUCUUAAUUCUAUAAACCUUCGAUAUGAAACCAUCCAAGACCCGAAAGUGACCAUAAAGAUCACUGGCUUCACUUUCAAUACGAAAGCCGCGGAUGACAAGUACAUUUCAACUUCCGCCAGAUACGGCUAUACCGAUAUGCAAGCCACUUUGGCAAGGUUCACGUCGACUUACAGGACCUAUGACCACUAUCACCUCUUUCACAAAACGGACAGCUUGGUACUAGUCACGGGGAGGGAUAUGUGCACCGUGCAUGGGCGACGUCUGUCUUGUGGCACCGCUGGAUUGGCCUAUAUAUCGGGCUCAUGCACAGACUUCCGGACGUCCGUAGUUGAAGACAAGCCGUGGUCGUACGACGCUGUUCGCAACAUGGCACACGAAUUAGCGCACAACUUGGGAUGCGUUCAUGAUGGCAAUGGUCCAGACGGCAGCGUCAAGAACCACCCCGGUGCCGAGGAGUGCCCAUGGGGGGAUGGUUACAUCAUGAGCUAUGUACAGAACAGCACCAACGAGUUCCACUUCUCUAAGUGCUGUGCGAGACAGAUUAAGCAUGUCGCUAACCUACCCGAUCGUGCAUGUCUGCACACGAACAACACCGGGUACGCAAGGCCAGCAACAGAGUACCUGCCUGGCACAAAUAUGUCUUUGGAUGAGCUGUGUAGGAAAGCGUUUCGCUACGUCAAUAAGGAAUUCAUUUUCGACAAGAAUAAACCACGCUUUGGGUGUAAAGUACCGUGCCGGACCCCCGCACCUCCUGGGUGGCCAUAUUACACUGGGUUGGCGGCCGGCCUGGACGGGACACCCUGUGAGGGAGAUAACAUGAUAUGCAUACGCGGUGAAUGCGCACCGGCUCCCGCACCCAAAAAGAAGGAGGAAAAGAAGGAAAAGGCGAAUACGGAAAAGCUGAAGGCACCGAGGACACCGAAGAAAACAAAGAAACCGAAGACUACACCCUACAAAACAAGAGCUACGCCCUAUUAAAAAUCCUACCGGAAUUCUCACAAGAAACAUCUCACAGCAUCCUGAGAGAAAUUCUGUGGGAUUAUUGCCCAAAUUCUUACGGGUUUUCUCAUGGAAUUUCUCACCGGAUCUCUAUGAGAACUCAUAAAGUUUCUCUUAAGAGUUUCUCAUAGACAUUCUUAUAGCUUGUUUCUCACAAGACUCAGUCCAAAUAUUCUUAUAAGAUUUGCAGAAGACAGUAAAGAAAUGAUGUUCUGUGACAAUUUGUGAUAAUCUGUGUAGUCUUAAUUCCGUAAAAACAUUAAAAAAAAUCGUCUACAAAUGAAGAUAGUCAUGCAUCCAGAUUAGGCAUGCAUUUUGGGUCACCAUACAAACGCGAUUUUCAAAGAGCAUAAAGCAUAAUUUGACUUGCAGAGCAAGAAAGUUGAAAAAAGAAAUGCAAUACAAAUACACAAUCGAGCAAGACCUAAACAAAUACAGUAUGAAUUCAUAAAAGCAUGCACAGCACAUAAAUUGCAAGACAAGAAAUGUCAUUCUGUAUAAUUCGUAAGUGUUUGACGUACUUUCCCAAUCUCCCACUCCUACCAAAAAAUGAAGAGAAGUGGAAGAUAUUACACUGGUAAACAAAUACGAUAUUUGAUGGUUUGCUGGUGGAUAUAUAAUUUUCUCUAGCGGGAGAUCAACAAUAUUCUAAAUACGCCAUUUUGGAAGCUUCAGUACAGUACUUCCGAUAUAAACGUACCCUUACCGUUUAUAUACCUCAAUAAUUUAAAAAUUUGGACGUUAGACCGAACACCUCACGCAAUACAGUAACUGACUACAGUUGACGCGAUGCAUGGACGGAUUCGGCGGCCAGUCGAAACAAUGGGAGCAAAUGGUCUACUGAAAGAACUUUUCGCACUUCAAAACACGAGGUAUGAGUAUAUUUUCUUCCAGUCGCAAUAAGGUCACUCUCGGUUUCUGCACAAAAGUAGAUAAAGCUGUAAACCUCUACAAGGAGCUUGUACUCAAUUACACAAAUGCAAUGCCCUCUAGAAAUGCGUACUCCUGAGGAGCAGUCACCAUGUCGAAUGAGAUAACUGAGCUCACCUCCACGCAUUUUUACUCCUGCCCUGUUCCAGCCACGCUGCCGCCCUCUGCAUACCAAAACGCCAGUUUAAUGUUCCUGUUGAGGCCUUCCUAUGUCGUUGUCGCAGAUUCCGUGAUAAACUUGCGUGAAGUAUCGCUUCCAUGCCGUUUUCGAUGUAGUUUACGUUGACGCACAUUGAGUAUUCGCAGCACACUCCUGCACCGUUCACUACAUGGGUUUGAAUGGCGGCGCCAAACGGUCAAACCACGAACACCACGAACGCCGUGGUCUACUAGAUCAUCUUUCGUUGAUGCACGGGGCCAGCCCGAGAGUCUGAAGCACAGUAAAGAGCUUUAGUAGAGAGAGAAACACGGCGCCAGUCUGUCACAUGACUCAGAUGGGGUUGCUGUGAGAAAUUUUAUGAGAAAGAGUUCUCUUACAGAUCUUGCCGCGAGAGAUCUUACGGAGUUCUGCAUCUCUUCUCACAAAAACCAUCCUUGAAAUUCCUUUUAAGAUGCACCACCAGAAGUUCAUUUAAACGAUUUUGUGUGAGAAAAUAUGUUCCCUGUAAGAAUGUCUGUAGGAAUCCACAACCUCUGUGAGAAUUCCUCAAAGAAAGCUCUAAUCUUGUAAGAAAGUUUGUAGGAUUUUUCAAUAGGGCUACAACCAGGAUUACAGUUCC